AUGGCAUUUGUUAUCUUUUUGAUCCCCUGCUUCAUGGUUGGAACCGACGUCGCUUUCUCCUGCCAGAAUGCUGACGAUUUUGUGGGUGCCAGUUCUCCUGGGGACAUCGUUAUUGGAGGCUUGUUCUCAGUUCACAGCGAAAUGCUGCGUCCAGAAGAAGAUCCCAUCAAGCCAGUAAUUCAGAAUUGUGCUGGCUUUGAAAUUCAAGUUUUUCUUCAGACACUUGCAAUGAUACAUGCUAUUGAAACCAUCAACAACUCAACGCUGUUGUCUGGAGUUACCCUGGGCUACGAAAUCUACGACACGUGUGCAGAAGUUACAAAAGCCAUGGCGUCUGCCCUGAGAUUUCUGUCUAAAUUCAACUCUUCUGAGGAUGCCGUGGAGUUCAAGUGCAACUACUCAGACUACAUCCCGAGAGUCAAGGCAGUCAUUGGAGCCAGCUACUCAGAGGUGUCCAUGGCAGUGUCAAGGCUGUUGGCUUUGCAAUUAAUCCCACAGGAAGUAAUUCUGACCUCCAACGCCACCACAGGAACUGUAGUCAGUCCUGCAUCAUCAGCUGAAAUCCUCAGUGACAAAAUCAGGUUUCCUUCUUUCUUCAGGACUAUCCCCAGUGAUUUUCACCAGACAAGAGCAAUGACUCGCUUGAUCUGUGAAUCUGGGUGGAACUGGAUUGGAGUAAUAGCCACUGAUGAUGACAAUGGGCGGUUCGCUCUGGAGAGCUUCGGCGUCCAGGCCAUGGCAAACAACGUUUGCAUAGCUUUUAAAGAGAUGCUGCCAGCCUAUCUCUCUGACAGCACCUUUCACACCAAAGUUGAUCAAGCAAUUGAGAAUAUUGUCAAAGAAAAAAGAGUAAACGUUAUUGUUGUCUUUAUGAGACAGUUUCAUGUGCUCAAACUAUUCAAGAAGGCAAUUGAGAGGAACGUUAAUAAAAUCUGGAUUGCAAGUGAUAACUGGUCAGCUGCAGUCAAGAUCAGUACAAUGCCCAAUAUCAGACAGCUGGGAACAGUUGUGGGAUUUGGAUUUAAAAAUGGAGACAUCUCCUCAUUCCAAGAGUUUUUGAGAAACCUUCAUGAAAAGCCAACUGAAAACAACAAGUUUUUACGUGAAUAUAUUAUGCUUUUGUCAGUCUGUGCACACCUGGAAUAUCAUGACUUUCAAAGGUGCAUUGCAAACCAGUCCCAGGAUAAUCUAUUGGAAAAUGAUGGGAGUAAGCCUCAGAUCUGGAGAGAUGAUUUUUUGAAUGCUAAUGUUGAACCAGGAUUUAUCCAUAGUACUAUGCUUGCAGUCUAUGCUAUAGCUCAUGCCAUUAAAGGGCUGUGCAAGGACAGAGACUGCACUCUGUCUGCCUUCACUCCCUGGGAGCUCCUUGAAGAACUUAAAAGAGUUGUAGUCAUUGAUGGUGAUAAGGAAGUCAAAUUUGACUCCCACGGCGAUAUGAGCACCAGUUAUGAUGUCCUUCUUUGGAAAGAAAUUGAUGGCCACAUGGAAAUCACCACUAUGGCAGAAUACGAUGCUGAGAAAGGUGACUUUAUCUUUGAGGAUGAAGAGAAAAAAAAAGACUUUCUGGCUUUAAAGAAGGUUCAGUCAACAUGCUCCCAGCCCUGCAGUCCAGGCCAGGUGAAAAAGGUUACAGAAAGUCCACACACAUGCUGCUAUGAGUGUAUUUACUGCCCAGAAAACCAUUACAGCAACCAAACAGAUAUGGAUUACUGCUACCGAUGUAACAACAAAACCUACUGGGCUCCCGUCAACAGCAGCACGUGCUACAGGAAGACAAUCUAUUUCCUUGCCUGGACUGACUGGUUUGCUAUCUUCCUCCUCCUCCUCUCUGCUUUUGGGGUUGUGUUGGUUUUGUCCAUUUGUGUAAUAUUUACCAAAAACUUGGACACACCAGUAGUAAAGGCAUCUGGUGGUCUGACUGUCUGCUAUAUUAUUCUCUUCAGCCACUUCUUAAUUUUUUUAAGCACUGUCUUCUUCAUAGAUAUACCCACAGAAUUCAAAUGUAAAACUAGGCAAGCAGUCUUUGGUAUAAGUUUUACACUCUGCAUUUCAUGUAUUUUAAUAAAGUCACUAAAAAUUUUACUAGCUUUUAGCUUUGAUCCCAAGCUUCAAAAUUUCCUGAAAUGCAUGUAUAAACCUAUUCCCACUGUGGCCACUUGCACUGGAAUUCAAGUUAUUAUUUGCACCUUCUGGCUUAUAUUUAGAACACCUUUUGUAAAUCAAAAUUUCUCAAUCCCGAGAGCAAUAAUUCUGGAAUGCAAUGAGGGAUCUAUUGUAGCUUUUGGGAUUAUGUUGGGCUACAUCGCUGCCCUAGCAUUUAUUUGCUUCAUAUUUGCCUUUAAAGGUAGGAAAUUGCCAGAGAAUUACAAUGAAGCUAAAUUCAUCACUUUUGGCAUGCUAAUUUACUUUAUAGCAUGGAUUGUAUUUAUCCCUGUCUACGCAACCACAUUUGGCAAAUACUUGCCAGCAGUGGAAAUCAUCGUUGUUUUAAUAUCUAAUUAUGGAAUCCUCUGCUGCACUUUUCUACCAAAAUGCUAUAUCAUCAUUUACAAGCAAGAAACAAACACAAAAUCUGCCUUUCUCAAAAUGGUUUACACGUACUCCUCUAAGAGUGCAGGCAGUGUUGCUGUUAGUCAGGCUUCUCUAGAUUCAAAAUCUUCCAGCUUCCGAGCCACUGUCACAGACUUGUGCAAAACUGAGAAUGACUCUGUGAAUGGAAAUUGCCAUUUCCAAGUGCCUGGGCAGUCACUAAUAAAAGGAAAAGUUCUUCCUCAAAAUGCUGCAAGGACUAUGGUUAGGAAGAGAGUCUCCAGCAUAUGA